CUAGUUAAUUAAUAUUCAUAUUUCAUUUCUCUUCAAAAGCAUUGGUCUAUGUAUAUCUACUACUCGGUGCAUGUAUUUGAAUACAAUUAUUAAGUGUUUUAAUUACAGGUAUAUGAAUCACCUGUAGACCUUUAUACAUUAUCAUAUUUUGAUCAAGAUAAAACAAAUUAAAUUCAAUGUUAAUAAUUUUGUAACUUAAUGUUUAAAAAUUUAGUAGUACUACAAAGUAAAAAUACUAUAUAUAGUUCUUAAAGUAUUUAACUAAUAUAUAUUUGACAAAAUUUAAGUUAAUCUUCAAAUAUAUAUAAUGAUAUUAUUACCAACUCGAAUAAAAUUAUGGUCCAAGUUAACAAAUUGUAAACGUUGUUUUUCUACUGGAAUGGAUGAUGUUCUAUUUGAAGAAAAAAAUAAUGUCGGAAUUAUCACAUUAAAUAGACAAAAAGCAUUAAAUGCUUUAAACGAAUCAAUGGUUAAAAAAAUUAUUCCCAAAUUAAAGGAAUAUGAAUCUAAAGUUCGAAUGGUUAUCGUUCAAGGGGCUGGUGAAAAAUCAUUUUGUGCUGGAGGAGAUGUCAAAUUUAUAACUGAAAAUGGCCCUACCGCUGUAUCAUUAGAUCGAGGAAGUAAAUUUUUCAAACAAGAAUAUAGUAUGAACAGCAUGAUUGGAAAUUAUAAAAUACCUUAUAUUUCUUUAAUUGACGGUAUUACAAUGGGUGGAGGUGUUGGCAUAUCUGUACACGGAAAGUAUAGAAUCGCCACAGAAAAGACGUUAUUUGCUAUGCCAGAAACAGCAAUAGGUCUAUUUUGUGACGUAGGAGCUAGUCAUGUACUAUCUAGAAUGGAAAAACACUUAGGAGUCAUGUUAGGUCUCACAGGUUACAGAUUGAAAGGAACUGAUGUUGUAAAAUCUGGUAUAGCAACUCAUUAUGUGAAUAGUUCAAAAAUUGAAAGUUUAAAAAUGAAACUAAUCGAAGAUAUGAGAAAUCCCGAAAUAAUUCUCAACGAAAAUACUGAAGAUUUAAGUGAUAUAAAAUUUAGUUUGGAUCCUUAUUUGGAAAAAAUAGAUUUUAUAUUUUCUAUUGAAAAUGUAGAAAAAAUGUUUGAAACUUUGGAAAAAGACAAUUCCGAUUGGGCACAAAAAAUUCUUCAAAUCCUCAAGGAAGUUAGUCCAAUGUCACUGAAAAUAACUAGAAAAGAAAUAUCAAAUGGAAAAAAUUUUAAUUUAAAUGAAUGCCUGAUUAUGGAACAUCGUUUGGCAUAUCGGUGUAUGGAAGCAAAAUAUUCUACGGACUUUUACGAAGGAGUCCGAGCACUGUUAAUUGAUAAAGAUAAGAGUCCAAAAUGGUCACCAGCUUCAUUGAAAGAAAUCAAAGAUGAAAUUGUAUCUAAAUACUUUGAGCCGUUACCAAAAGACUUAGACUUGAAGUUUGUAUAAUUAUUAUGGUAAUUUUUUUUAUUAUUUUUGUAAUUAACUGAAUUGUUUUGUAUUCGUUUAAAUUUUAUUUGAUAAAUACUUCUAUUGUUUUAUACAACUUUAUUAUUAAUCAAACGUUUACGUCAAUCAGGUCAAACUCUGUUAUAGGUCAAUGAUUAAAAGAGGUUAUGUACAUCUUAUGGAUUUCAAUAUGAGAUAAACAAAAAUAUAUAAUGUUGCAAAAUUA